ACAUCUCUUCUCUAGUUUUUUUAUUAUUAUUUUAUUAGUUAGCCGGAUGCUUGCAUCACGCUUGCACAUAUAUGACGUCAUUAAUAUCUCAAUGACGUGUGGGCCGCAGGGGAAACUGCUCCCGUUUCUCUAGGCUAUGCAUGCUGGUCGUUCCUCGCUAUAAUGCAUGCUGCGUUUCAAUGACUCGUGGGGCCGCUAUAGUUGAACCAGCUUCUACCGCGCCUGUAACAAACUUGGACACAAUCAUCGUAUAGUUCGCGGGCCGUUGCAACAGCAGCUCUUCAUGCAUCUCGACGCCGUGACAAACCGAAAAAAUAAAAUCCCCCGCGAGACUCGGUUUCUGUUACUGGCAAAAUUAACGUGCAUAUAAAUAUUGGCACCUGUACACCUUCCGUAAAUACGCCAUCAAUUGACGCUGGAUUUGGAGCCGAUCCAAGAGCCAUAGUAAACAAAGAGAGGAGGGAAACAACGAGAGAGAAACAGACAGAUCGCCACCGCAGACUCGCCGUGCUGCAUGGCCAGACUAGCCUCUUCCUGACGCGUCGUAUGGUUGGACGGAAUGGAUGCCGCCGCCAUGGGCACGAACCUUCAUCGGUGCUCAGUGUUCAUGGACCAGUUGGUGGGAUUGUGGGCAGGCUUUGCGAGACCCCAAUUCGACGAGGUCAGCCUCGGACCAUGGGGAAUCUCUUGCCGCGAUGCCGCAACUCUGAUGGGGACCGAGCCUCGGUGCGCACGACUCACGUGAGGUCACGAGAAUCUGAAGAUCAUCCUGGUACCUGGAAUCUCAAGUCCCAGGUCAAGACCAGGUACUGCAGGAUGAUGCUCAUGGAAGAUGCUGCGAUGAGUUCGUGAGUGGUCUAGGUCGUCGUCUCCCAGUCAACUUUGGGUUGCUGGACCGUUGUCUCCUUAUAAUGUAAUUAUUUAUUUUGUAUAGAACUCCUGUUAUAUAUAAAGAUGUGACAUUCGAUCCUGUGCCACUUUACA